AUGCUGCUCUCCUUUUUACAGACUUGUCGGGCCGCAUUGACACCCUCACUGAUCCUUCAAGGCAUCGCGGUGCUUGCGGUUUUGCUGAGUUCCGUGAUAGCCGGCGUGAUAUACACGGGCCGCAACUAUGCUAUCCGUAGAGAGUUGCGACAACUCAGACGAGUUGGUGUCCCUGUGGAAAAGAGUAACAUGAAGGACCAAUAUGACAGUCAGUUUGACUUGGCUGAAGGAAGCACUGCCACCGGUCCUAUCCGCAUCAAGGCCAUCUACAUCCAUCCUGUGAAGUCGUUUGGGCCGAUCGAGUUGAAUCGCGCUCUACUCACCAAGUCUGGAUUCAUGUAUGAUCGAUGCUUUGCAUUUGCUGCCGAAGUAAUUGAGCCGGAUCUGGAUACUGGUGCAAGAAACAAGUUUUGGCGAUUCCUCAGUCAACGAACCAAGCCGGGCAUGUCGCUCAUUGAGACCGAACUCUGGCUCCCACAUGAGAAUAGCAAUCCGAACGAUGCGUUGGUUCGUGCUGGAGGCUGUGUCGUCAUCAGAUUUCCUGACCCGGAGAACCCAACCUGGCUGAGUUGGUUUGAUUCGCUUCUUUACACAUGGAACCCGUCGGCGAUUCCUCAAGUCUCAUUCAUUGCGCCGCUCAAUCCCUCUGCCGCUCAACUGUCAACACAUGACUUAGAGAAGGAGGCUUUGAGACCCUUCACCAUUCAUGCCCGGACCGCGCACGGCAUUGACAUGAGCAUCGUGCCAUCUGUUGCUGCGGCUCUGCCGAAGUUGAAGAAGUUCCUCAAAAUCUCUGACAACACACCAGUCACAAUCUUCAAGUGUACGGACGAUACUCUUGUUCGCACGACAAAGAAUCUCGCUCCGCUAAAGUACAUCGGAUCUCCUGCAGUACACGGCUACACCGACCAGCAACCUAUUCAUCUCAGCAGCCUGUCCUCUGUGCAUGCAUUCUCAGAACUCCUGCCCAGGGAGAACCAACCGCUCAAUGCGCUGCGAUUCCGCGCCAACAUCUGGGUCACCGGGGCGUCGGCAUACGACGAGGAAAGCUGGAAGAGAUAUCGCAUCCUGCCUGGGAAUGGUGCGAUCGAAACACACCGACGGGCCCGGGUAGACCCUGUGCUGUGUGUUGUGUGUCGCACAUCGAGAUGCACAAUGCCCAAUGUUGACCCAGACAAAGGCGUUUUUAACACAGAUACUCCAGCGGCAGAUCGGAAGAAAGGAAAGCCACAGCCUAGUACGACGUUGAUAGAGUACCGCACGGUCGAGAAUGGCAACAAGGCAGCUUUGGGCUACAUGGGGAUGCACUGCGUGCCAGAGGACCGUAGCUUGAAUGAAGCACAAGAGCAAAAUGCUGGGUUGUAUGUCCAAGUUGGUGAUGAAAUUGAAGUAUUGGAACGAGGGGAGCAUUUGUAUGGGUCGACUGGAGACGACUACUAG